CUCCCAUUCAAGUACCUUAAACAGCUGGGUCAUGGUCGAAGCGGCGUGGUGGAUAAGGUCGAAGAUAAAGACCCGGAUGAAGGCAGCGUCUAUGCGCGGAAAAACAUCUACGUCCGUGGACUCCAAAAGAGAAAGGACGAGAUACGGAAGGCAUAUCAGAAUGAAAUCAAGAUUGUAGGCAAGGUGAAGGGGCACCACCAUUUCGUACGCCUGAUUGCAACAUACACUACGACGAACCCUGAGGCCGUGGGCUUGAUCCUACAACCGGCUGCGGACGGCGGAGACUUGGAACAUUUCCUGAAUAGGGUUCGGAAACCUAUCGAAAAUUCGCGAUCUGGUACACAACUGUUGGGGGACGACUCCUCUAUCUUGAAACAAGCAUUCGGAUGUUUAGCAGGCGGUCUAGCAUACAUGCAUCAACUUGGGAUCCGCCACAAAGAUAUCAAACCCCGGAAUAUCUUGGUUCAUGAGGGCUGCGUUACCUACGCGGAUUUCGGAUUCUCAUUAGAUUUCAGUGAGCUACAAAGUAGCACCACGAACAACCAGCCUGUCGUUUCGAAACGAUAUACUGCUCCUGAAGUACUCGAUCGCGAGCCCCGGAACUCUAAAUCAGAUGUGUAUGCGUUGGGCUGCGUAUACGUGGAUUUGCUCUCGACUCUGACUGGAGCCGCCGAUAUUGACGACGAAAGCGAAUUCCCGAACGACAUAGAGCGCCUCCAAAGCCAGCUGGAGCAGAUGCCAGUGGAUCCCUCCAUGGAAUUCCUCGCCGAUGUC